AUGGCCACCCCUGGCAGUGGACUCGAGGCCAUUCAGGGCAGCAACACAUUUCCUCGAAGGAAAAAUGUACCGGCUUCCGAAUUCUCGCUUGACUCUGAUGUCUCGGCUUCAGCUCCGUUGAAAAAGAGCAAACUAGGCCGUCGAGGGUCCAAGCUCGGCCUAAAACACCUCUUUGGUCGCAAGUUAUCUAAGGCGGGAGAGAGCCUACCAUCACCCAUUUCUCUCAAAUCACCCAGUUCGCUCAACUCGCUCAACAUGCUCAGCAACUUAGGCAGGCGGCCGCCUUCUCGGUCUGGCGGCGGCUUUCGACAGUCUCUCGCGGAUAUCAGCGGUUGGCCAUAUGGACAGCAACAAGCCAAGUCUGAACUUGCCCUUUCUACGCCAGAUUAUCCGUGGGAUGCAUCCCACGAGCAACCAGACGACAGCCAUGAUCCGCGUCCACAUACUCCUGCCACCGGCUCUUCUGCUUCUUCUGGGAAGCGCGCGCCAGGCAUGUCAAUAACCAGGCAGCCUCGUCCGACUCUCACCGUCUGGACGUUACCGCCUCUCAUCCGGGCGUACCAACAGGCGCACAAACAGCAAACGCUGUCUGCCACUACCAUGCCGACAGAGACUGUUCUGAAACUCAGUGAGAAGUCUAGUGUGGCCGACAUGAUCGUACCUCUCACCGAAACAGACACAAGCAUGAUGAGCAGCGCUGGCAUUAGCACCGGUGACAAGUUCAGGAGAAGAAACCGCGGAGACUCCUUGUCUGCCGGUAAUCUGCAGUGGACCACCAAGAUUUACAUUCUUGUCACCGCUGGCUACUUGCUUCAGUAUGCUGGAGAAGGCGCUAUUGACCGUCUGCCUGAAAAGGUGCUGCGCUUGGGUGCGUCCUCGGCGGCAUUUGUCACUGAUAUGAUUCCGGGUCGCCAUUUUGUGCUGCAGGUUACAUCUACCACAGAGAACAACGACAGACCGCCAUUAACCGACCCCCGAUCCUUUCUCUCGAAGCUGUCCUUCCGAUCGCCAGAAAAGCGCAACACAUCCAAUAUGAUCAUGGUUUUUGAAAACGCCGAGGACAUGGACGGCUGGAUGACCUGCUUGCGGUCCAUGAUUGAACGGCUUGGAGGCAAAAGGAGCAUCUCCGAGGCUGACCUGCUCAGAGAAGCCGAGGCCAAGCUGAAUGAAGAUGCCCCUACUUUGCGUGUUCGUGAGAAGCCAAGCCUAAAAUCCAUUUCUGUCAGAGAUGUCUCUCAUUCUGCACAAGCCAAUUCCAUUCCUCCCUCGACGGCACCCCAACAAGAACGAAGUUCUAGGAUUCCUGAUUACUCAAUUCCUGUGGUUGACUUUGAUUCUAUAAGCCACGAUUUGACAUACGACGAUAAGUCAGCAACCAACAGCAUCGCAUCCCAUGACGGUCGCCAAUUGGAAAAUCUUCGCGACAGCUCGCAGCGAUUAUCGCAGUUAUCGUCUGGCCAGCGGACAAACUUGACAUCGACCACUUCUUCGCCCGCGGGCUCGCCCGUGCGCGAAAGGUUCCCGCUAUCAGCAGACAUUACCAUUAUCCCGGAAACGGCACGGCCUAGACCCAACGCCAGCGUCAUUGCAAAUCGGCGAGUCUCACUGCAGACUAUGGGACCGUUCAUUGGGGAGGCCAGUCUUGGUGGAGAUGGUAUGCUGGAGCAUCACCAACUCAGCCCACUUCCCUGGGCCAACGCCGCUGGAAAUGAUGUGAUCCCAUCCCCUACUGAGCCCCGUGGCACUCACAUUUUUGGAGUCUCCACCUCGCAAUCCACCGGCCGCCGGGCUUCUCACAUGAAGGUGGCCUCUGCUUUAGAUGUAAAGAAUUUCUUUUCUCCGCCGUCACCAAGAGAUGCUGUCGCUUCGACCUCCCGGGGAUCGCAACGUAAGCUAUCGAAUAUCCGUGUAGGGCGGCCCUUAUCCACGGUUGAAGACCAGCCGUCCCCCAAAGAGAACGUCAUGCCAGAGAGACCUGUGACGAGCCAUAAUGCGGAGACUCGGCCGCCCUUGGAUAUCCCCAGUGUCCCCAAGCUGCCUCGAGAGAGACUCGUGUCUAUGCCAAACGUCCCGCAGGUGCUGGGGCGGCUGUCGCUGCCUUCACGACGCCUGAGCUUGGUGCCCAAGUUGACAACGCGGAGCCCCAGUCCGAGUCCCAUCACUCCACCUGGCUUUUACCUCGAUGAGAACGCACAUGACAGCCCUCGGAGACUCGCCAGUCUCAACGCACUGCGAAAGCAGCUUGAGGCCAAAACUUCAUCAUCGACCCUUGGAGAUGCUAGCCCCUUGGCAUCGCCCGCCACUGACCGGUCGUACUCGCCAUUGCCUUCACCCCUCUCGGCUUCUUGGACUGACAAGACGAAGAAGAAUCGAUCCUCAGUCGACGAUGUAGAUGAAUUUUCGCGGGGCUUUAAUCUGGGCUUUUCUUGGGCAGCUAAGCGAGCUAGCAUCAUGUCUGCCUUUUCCGAUAAGUCGUUUCCCGGGGAGGCGCAUCCCAUCGCAAGUAUUGCAGAGUCGCUUCCCCAGCUUUCGCCGCCGCCAACAGGACCUCUUCCGGCAAUUCCAUCGAGGCCAUCGUCCUCUUCUAGCAAUUACUCCAAGAGUAUGGGGCGCAAAAAGAGCCUGCCGCGGAUGGCUAUGCCACCGCCAGCACCACCACCUACAUGUGCCCUGCCGCCAUUGCCACCAAAGGCUGCGGUUGAGGCGUAA